CGUCAUAAUAAUCUUUUUAAAAAAAACCUUCAUUAACUGAUAGCCUACUGAAUCUCUACAUCUUCUUCAUAACCCCAUAAGGAAUUCACAAGAAAUCCAUUGCAGGUCCAUCUGGAAACGAUGCCAUUGUCACCUGUUUCCGAACUUGCUGUUUUACCACUUCCAGGGAUGCAGUGAAUUAAACUUCAACAGAGAGUUCUGGACAGAACGGAGGACCAUACGGGACCUUCUCUGUACUGUGGGUCAUUGUGCCAGACUGUGGUUGUGAUUCACACCUCACCCCUCCUGCAUCCAGAGGCACUACCCCGCUUCACUUCACCAUGGCACAAACUCAAAUGGUCCUGGAUAUCCAAGAUUUCAACUGUCCCAUAUGUCUGGAGCUGCUUGAAGACCCAAUAACGAUCCCAUGUGGGCACAGCUACUGCCAGGGCUGCCUGUGGGAGUACUGGGUUGGAAAUAAUGACUCAGAGACAGUCAGCUGUCCCCAGUGUAGAGAAUCCUUUACACCCAUGCCCAUUCUAGGAAAAAACAUACUACUGGCUGAGACAGUGGAGUGGCUAAGAACAAACAACCGGCACCAAGCUGCUUCACCUGCAACUAUUGUCACCUCGGCCUCCCCAACUUCAAAUGUUCAACCUCAACGUGCCUCUGCCUUCCGUGAUGAAAGCAAUCGACCACAACUUGCCUCUGCUCACAGUGCUACAAAUAUUCUGCAAUUUACCCCUGUUUCUACAGCCACAAAUAUUCAACCACAACGUGCCUCUGCCCUCCGUGAUACAAAUGUUCGACCACAACUUGCCUCUGCUCACAGUGUUACAAAUAAUCUACAACAACGUGCUCCUGUCUCUACAGCUUCAAAUGUUCAACUACAACAUGCCUCUGUCUUCAGGGAUACAAAUGUUCAAUCACAAGAUGGCUCUACCUCCAUUGGUAUGAAUGUUAAAUGGCCACGUGUGCUGGCUAUGUUGUUUGCCUGCAUUGCCUUUAGCGUGGCAGUUCAUGGCAGUUUGGAGUUUUACAGGCAGGGCCUUUUUCACGUUUCAAUCUGGGGAUUUAGCUUCAUUGGCUCACUGCUGGUGCUACUGGUGGAGCUAUGCGAGUGGCAGUCAUGCGUAUGUGUCUCUUGGAAGAACUUCCCCAUCACCUUCGCCUGCUUUGCCUUCCUCCUCUGCCUCACCGUAUCCAUCACCUUUGCUUUGGAUUUUGUGAAAGACUUGCCCUUUCAUGUGUCCUACACCUACUGUAUUGUCUCACUGGUCUUCUCCUGCUUUGCCACUGUCGCCUACCUAAUGGAGGUGGGCAUCAGCAAGGUACGGCCAGACACGACCAGAGACGGACAGGCUGGUUACAUGACCACAGUGCCUGGGCUGCUGAAGGUGUGUGAAGCCUUUGUGGGUGGCAUCAUCUUUGUGUUCAUCAACAACCCCAACGUCUAUGAGAGUCACGCAGCCAUCAAGUGGUGCAUGGCUGUCUAUUGCAUCUGCUUCAUCAUGUCCAGCAUGGUCAUCAUCGUGUGUGUUAAGAAUUGCUCUGACUGCCUGACCAGCUGCCCCACCUGCUUCUUGUCCUUCUACGCCUUGUUGGCCGUCAUCAUGUAUCUGACAGCCACCAUCAUCUGGCCCAUCUAUACGUUUGCCACGCUGCAUGGGGGAAGGCCCAGUCAGUGCAGCAGCAGCCUAUACCUUUGCCCAUUUGACAAGCUGGUCGUCGUGUCUGUGCUCUCCGGGGUGAACUUUCUACUUUACCUGGUUGAUCUGAUAUUCUCUGUCAGGCAGCUUGUCAAUCUCUGUCAGGACGACUGAUACCGACAUAUUGGACUUGUCGAUAUGAUGUAGAAUAUCAACCAUUAUGUAGACCUACUGUUAUGUAAGGGAUAAUGUAUUGUCCACUGGUUAUUCAGUCCCUUCAGGACGAAGCAAAACCCCUCCGCUGCACGUCGGGGUCCUGUUUGCCCUGUCGGGACUUAUUUUCCAGUAAUUACCAGCGUAUAAUAGAUCAUCCUGCUUAUUAUACAGCUACUUGCAAAAAUAGUGUUUCGUGGCUUCCGCUGGCAAAAUAAAUAGUUUGCCUUGCCACACAGACAGAAACUUGACAGUUUCAGGUGUUGCGUGGCAGCGUCUUUCACUUUCAAUGAAAUUCCAUUGAAAUGACCGAACAGACUUCUUGCGGAAUGAUAGAAAGACGUGAAUCAAAAGCACAAAACCCGUUGCCAUUGACAACGGUCAUUAUAUACUUAACAGUAAUAUAUAACAGACCUCCGAACGUAAGGAAGGCACAUUCAUGUGAAUGGAACUUGUUGCAGCACUUUGAAGAGCUUUGUAAUAAUACAUUGUUUAUGCAUAUAUAAAGCAAUAAGCCAGCAACCAUUUCACUGAAAAUAAUGAAUCCCAACUAGGCCUAGUGUCAUCUUGAAUGAUAUUAAUGCCAAAAGCUAACUCUUCACAAUAGCUUGUGAUGAAAAGAUUCAAUCUUCACGAACCUUGAUGCACAGCAACUGAUAAAAACUCCAUCAUUAAUUUGACAAAAUCUCUUCAGUCUUUAGUGUUAGGUAACCUAUUGAGGAUUUCAUUGAGGAAUGUAUUUUGUUCACAAGUGCACAGGCCAGGCCUGUACCAGCCUGGACACUACAUUCAUUACUACCUCCAACAGACAGUGCUCUUGAGCAAAUGGCCGGGAAAAGGAGCGAUAGCCCCUGACCUUCACUGCCAUUCAGACUUCCUUUAUAGUGUGGGUGAACUGCUGUUGAUGACUCACUUCUUCACUGGAAAUGUAAACAUGUAUUAACUUUAAGGGGUGAUGAUGACUAACAUCCUCAUAAACUCUUUUCACUGACGGAAUGGCACAAUUAAAAGGCUUCUUUUAAUUUUUCAUGUCACAGCUGAAGGUGAUUUACAGUAACUGACUAAGGACAUUUACCACCCAGAAAAUAAGAAAACAAUUGAAGUAAAUAGGUUUUUCUAAAUAAGAAAACAAUUUAAGCCAAGCCAAAGCCAAACAAAAGUGAUAUGUUCUUUAAUGUUCGAACUCUUCAGAACUCACUGAAAGUAACAGAUGUGUCAGCUUAUGGAUGUGCUUUCUCAUUUUCAUUUCAAUCAGAUUUGCUUACCAAACAAAAAUGACCAACAAGUCUUCUUUUCAAGCCUAUUUCAUAGGACCCAAGCCUGUUUUUGUGGAAACUAAUUGAUAAAUUGUUAUAAGUAUAUUUCAUACAUUAAAGUAAAGCACAGCCUACAGUAUUGGGAGCUUAUGGUUAAAGUUCCUCACACUCUUUCUCUCUAGAAAGUUCUGGACAAAGCAGAGGACUAUACAGGACCUUCCUUGUGCUGUGAGCCAUUACGCACCAUCAGAUUGGUUGUGAUUCGCAACUCACCCCUCCUGCUUCUAAUAGAGGCACUACCAUCUCACCAUGGCGACCAAAACUCAUGUUGUCUUAUAUGCAAGAUUGCAACUGUCCCAUAUGUCUGAACCUACUUAAAGACCCAAUAACAAUCCCUUGAGGGCACAAUUACUGUCAGCACUGCAUACUGGGUCACCAGUAGUGACUCGGAGACAGUCAUCUGUGUGUGUGUGUGUGUGUGUGUGUGUGUGUGUGUGUGUG